AUGAGGAAGGACCCUCAGAGAUUUCAAUCCCUACAGCAAAGCCAUAUUUGUUUUUCAGAAUAUUGCUGUUAUUGCUUGGUUUGCUCCAUCCUCCUCUCCUGUUGUUCUCUCUCCCACGGAAGCUGCAGGAACCCCCAUCCCACAAUGCCAUCUAUCCAGCUGCCACUGCUACUCCUCUGCCUGACCUUGUGUGGUACUUGCCUCAGUGGGGGGCAGCCCCUUCCAGAGGGAAGCGAGAACAUGGGAAGAAGUCCCCUGGAUGACAUCCUGCAGAGAUCCGAAAGCCUCAUUCUUCAGUCUGUCCUCAAGAAAGCUGAAAAGGAAGAAGAGAUGAAUAAAGAAUCAAAUGUCCCUCUGCUAGAAUGGCUUUCCAAAAGACAACACCCUGGGAAAAAGUACCCAAGUGACCUGGAGAAGAGACAGCAUCCUGGAAAAAGAGAUGUUGAGGAAGACACAUUUUAUGGAGACAUUCAGAAGAGGCAACAUCCAGGGAAGAGAGAGAUAGAAGAUGACCUUGACAGCUAUUUGGAGCUGAAAAAGCGACAGCACCCUGGCAGAAGGUCAUUGUCAGACCAGUAUGCCGACAACCCUAGUGCACAGCUAACCUAUUUGAAUGAGUUAUCCAAAAGACAGCAUCCAGGCAGAAGGUUUCUGAUGUACAACCGCCAGCAUCCUAGCAAAAGAGGCUGGAAUGAGGAGAUAGACCUAAAUGACCAAUAUUAUGAGAAGCGCCAGCACCCUGGAAAAAGGUACUGGAAUUCUGACAGCCCAGAUGAUGGAGGCCCCUGCAACCUUCAGGAGUCCAUCACCUGUAACAAAGGCAGCUUGUUGCUUGAUUUAGUAGAAAACGUUAGCAAGGACAGGUUAGAAGAAAAACGUCAGCACCCAGGAAAGAGAUCAGCACGGGAGAGGGAAACAGAGGAAUGA